GGUGGCGCCGCGGGGCAAGGGGGGGAGCCACUUCCGCCUGUCCGGAGCCUUGGGCGGCGGGGACGACGACGAGGGCUCCACCAACUACAAGCCGCUUAACUGGAAGUGCCGGUGCGCCGACAGGAGGCCGAUCCUCAACCCGUGACGGCCGACGCCUGCUCAAGAAGAAGAUGCUUGACGAGCCUCCGGCAUCUUUGGUCCAUCCCAUCACACAUCACAUGGCUGCUGUAAGUUGUUGGGAGAGGCUGCAUGCGCUAAGAUCAACUACACUACUGUACAUGGCUGUGCAAGGAGUGGUUGUUGGGACAAGUUUUGGUCAGUUUGUUUAGGUAUAGAGUUUAUGAUGAUGAUGAUGAUGAUGCUGGAUGAUCAACUACAUGCUGCUAGUAAUUUGGAGGUGUUGCACUAACUGAUCAGCUGCUUCUGAGUUCCCCUAUAUUGUACUAUAAGCUUGGUGGUGUAAUUAAGAGACUGAUAUCAC